AUGUCCCGGCCGGUGCCUUCGCCUGCCUCCGCUGCUGCCCGUGCCGCCCUCCUGCUUGGCUGUGCCUGGCUCGGCUCGGCCGCCCAAUCCUCCUCAGCGCGUAUCAAAGGGCGAAUCUUCAUCCCUCUCACUUCCCAAGAAGAAGCCAUGUGCCCCAUGGCCUCUGUGGAAGCUUUUCUCAACAGCACCCUCAGCACCCAGCUCCUCCCUGCCCUCUACUCCGUGGUGCUGCUCGUGGGGCUGCCGUCCAACGCUUUGGCCUGCUGGGUUCUGGUGACCAACUACAGGAGAUGUUCCAGCACCCUCUUCCUGCUCAACCUGGCCAGUGCCGACCUGCUCUUUGUCCUCGUCCUGCCCUUCAAGAUCUCUUACCACCUCUUGGGCAACCACUGGCUCUUUGGGGACUACCUGUGCCGUACCAUGAUGGCCUUAUUCUAUGGGAACAUGUACAGCUCCAUCCUCUUCCUCACCUGCAUCGGCCUGGAGCGCUACAUCUCUGUGGUGCACCCAUUCCUGUGGAAGGGCUCCAGUUGGAUGAGGGGCAAGGUGGGCAUCUGUGUGGGCAUCUGGCUGGUGGUGGGGCUGGGCAUGACCCCUCUGCUUUUGCACCCCCAGACAAACCGUAUCUCGAGCCUGAACAUCACGACGUGCCAUGAUGUCCUAGGAAAGGAGCAGCACAUGUUCCUCGCCUACUAUUUCCUCUCCCUGGUGGGGCUGGGCUUUGGCUUGCCCUUUGUGCUUAUGACAGUCUCCUACAGCUGCAUCCUGGUGCGACUGAUGGCUAAGGGGAGACGCUAUGGGCAAGUGGUGCGUGUCCUGGCCCUGGUCCUCCUGGUCUUCAUCCUCUGCUUCACCCCCAGCAACGUGCUGCUCUUCAUCCACUACAUGCUGGAGGCCUCGGGGUGCCACAACACCACCUACAUGUGGUACACCCUGGCCCUGGCGCUCGGCGUCUUCAACAACUGCUUCGAUCCCUUUGUCUACUUCUAUGUCUCCCAGGAUUUUCGGGACUGGGUCCGGGACGCAGGCAGCUGCUGCCCAGGGUGGCGCAAGGCAGGGAGGGUUUCGGAGAAGGCAGCCCUGCCCCUGAGGUCCAGUGAGCAGAGCCAGCUGUAG